AUGACCGAAGCAACGAGGAGGAGGCUCGAGUCGCGGACCCCUCAGAAGAAGAAAACCGGUUCCUCAAGGCCGAAGACGAAGCCGCCCCGCCAGGCCGAGGGUGCGUCGGCACAGGAGGGCACAUCGGGCGAUCGGCGGAGGAAGAGAAGGGUGGUGGAGGCCAAGCUGAUCCGGGAGGCCCAUCUCCAGGUGACCAAAAAAAGGGUGAUCGAUGUUGCCCUCGAUGUGACCCCUCUACCGAAUAGGCCAAGGAGGCCGAACGAGGAAGCAACCGUCCUUGUGUCGGACGAGGAGGAUGCCGAGGCAGAGCCGGUGAACAUCGCCUGCCCUCGGAAUGUGGUACCGUUCGUGAACUGCUUCAUCGACAGUGCUCAGAUCGAGCUCCCGGAGCUGGAACGGUUGCCGAAGAAGUCGGCACGCGAACAGGCCGGGCGUGCUUUCCGCCUCCAAGCUGCCGUAAGUGUGCUUACCGUAGUUUUGUCCAAGGGUUGA